CCUUGCUGACCUCUAAGAAGGCAACUUCAAUAAACUGGUUUUUAGGUAUCAGAAAAGUGUUCAAUAACAUUGCCUGGCGCAUUAGUCUCAGACUGUUCCAUAUCUCUAUACAUAGUUUUGUAGCCAUUGUAAUACAGAACAGUAUAAUAGACAAUGAUUAAAUUACUUAUUUUAAUCUUUGUUGCCAGUCCAGGCCUAGCUAUACUCACUGAAGAAGCUCAGAUCACACCCAACUCAUCUGUGUUUGAAGAAAUUCCACUUUGCUCAUCUGUGCAAAGAAUUAUUUAUCCUAAAACAGCAGCGACAAUUGGAUUCGUUGUCAACGAUGAAGAAUACAGGCAAGGCAUAAAAACUGAAUCUUGCGUCAACCAGAACAGUCCUUGCAAUAUCCCAGGCAGUUUGCCAACAGGUUACUCUUCACGCUGCGUCCAGAGAUUCACUAUGGUGACUUUAAUGAUACUCAACAGGAAUACAACAGAUACGCGUAGCUUCAUACCAAAAUCAUUCAACUUUCCUUCUUAUUGUUCUUGUGUUCUAAUCAAACUAACAACCUUAAUAUAAAUGUAAAUUGCCAUAUCACUGUUGCAGGAACAGUCCUUGCAAUAUCCCAGGCAGUUUGCCAACAGGUUACUCUUCAAGCUGCGUCCAGAGAUUCACUAUGGUGACUUUAAUGAUACUCAACAGGAAUACAACAGAUACGCGUAGCUUCAUACCAAAAUCAUUCAACUUUCCUUCUUAUUGUUCUUGUGUUCUAAUCAAACUUCAACCUUAAUAUCAAUGUAAACUGCCAUAUCACUGUUGCAGAGACAGUCCUUGCAAUAUCCCAGGCAGUUUGCCAACAGGUUACUCUUCAAGCUGCGUCCAGAGAUUCACUAUGGUGACUUUAAUGAUACUCAACAGGAAUACAACAGAUACGCGUAGCUUCAUACCAAAAUCAUUCAACUUUCCUUCUUAUUGUUCUUGUGUUAUAAUCAAACUAACAACCUUAAUAUAAAUGUAAAUUGCCAUAUCA